CUCUCUGCCCAAACGCCUAUAUUAGCCCGCCGCCCGCCGCGCGCCCCCAUCCCCACAGCGCCAAAGGGAAAGCCACUUCCUUCUCGCCGCAGAGCUCCCAAAUCCCGCACCCGAGGAGGCGACUCUCCCGCGCGCGAGAGAGCGGGUCACGAGUCCUGCAGCGACGGCGGCUGCGGUCACCGGCCGCAGAGCCAGCGGGCGACAUGACGGACGGCCACCUCUUCAACAACAUCUCCCUCGGCGGCCGCGUCGGCAACAACCCUGGUCAGUUUAGGCUAUAUUCGGGAGGGCUUGCAUGGAAGAAGCUAGGUGGAGGAAAGACAAUUGAGGUUGAUAAAGCUGAUAUAAUUUCUGUGACGUGGAUGAAAAUCCCCAGAUCUUAUCAGCUUAGUGUUGGGACCAAAGAGGGGAUUCGGUACGUGUUCAAAGGCUUCCGUGAACAGGAUGUUAGUAACCUUACUAACUUCAUACAAAAGAACACGGGAACCACACCAGAGGAGAAGCAGCUUUCUGUUAGUGGCCAUAAUUGGGGCGCGGUCGACAUCAAUGGCAAUAUGCUUAGCUUUAAUGUUGGCUCAAAGGAAGCAUUUGAAGUCUCUCUAUCAGAUGUAUCACAAACUCAGUUGCAAGGAAAAACAGAUGUUGUUCUUGAGUUCCAUGUUGAUGAUACUACAGGGGCUAAUGAGAAAGAUUCGCUGAUGGAUUUAAGUUUUCAUGUACCAACUUCAAAUACUCAGUUCCUCGGUGAUGAGGAACGUCCCUCGGCUCAUGUGAGUUCAUUUGAUAAGCACGAUACGACACAGCAUGCAUGCAUAUUUUGCGCACAUAGUGAAAUGUUAUCUCUUCAGAUUUUUUGGCAGAAAAUCUUGGCUAUAGCUGACGUUGGCUCAUCAGAAGAGGCUGUUGUCUCAUUGGAGGGAAUUGCAAUUCUUACCCCAAGAGGUCGAUACACUGUUGAGCUUCAUAUGUCAUUCUUGCGACUCCAAGGACAAGCUAAUGAUUUCAAAAUCCAGUAUAGCAGUAUUCUUCGGCUCUUUGUUUUGCCAAAGUCAAACAACCCUCAUACCUUUGUGGUCAUCACACUUGAUCCGCCAAUUCGCAAAGGACAAACAUUAUAUCCCCACAUUGUUAUUCAGUUUGUGACAGAGAAUGUAGUUGAGAAGGAGCUGUCAUUAAGUGAGGAGGUUUUGGCUGAAAAGUACAAGGACAGGCUGCAGAGUUCUUACAAUGGUUUAGAACAUGAGGUAUUCUCCAAAAUCCUUCGUGGCCUGUCUGGUGCUAAAGUGACGAGGCCAAGCACAUUCCGCAGUUGUCAAGAUGGAUAUGCCGUGAAAUCAUCACUUAAAGCUGAAGAUGGAUUGCUGUAUCCUCUUGAAAAAGGCUUUUUCUUUUUGCCAAAGCCCCCGACACUCAUUCUGCAUGAGGAGAUUGAGUAUGUUGAAUUUGAGCGCCAUGGUGCUGGUGGUGCUAGUAUGUCAUCUCACUAUUUUGAUCUUCUGGUCAAGCUAAAGAAUGAUCAAGAACAUCUCUUCAGAAAUAUACAAAGGAAUGAAUACCAUAACCUCUUCAACUUCGUCAGUGGUAAGAAUUUGAAAAUCCUGAAUCUUGGAGAAGAUGGCCAAGAUAGAACUGGUGCUGUUGCGGCUGCUCUUCAGAGCACUGAUGAUGACCCCGUUGAUCCACAUCUGGAGCGAAUUAAAAAUCAGGCCGGUGAUGAAGAAAGUGAUGAAGAGGACGAAGAUUUUGUGGCUGACAAGGAUGACAGCGGAUCCCCUAGUGAUGAUUCUGAAGAGGGUUCUGAUGCCAGCAUAAGCGAUGGAGAAAAGGAGAAAUCUUCCAAAAAGGAAGCUAGUAGCUCAAAGCCACCUGUGAAGAGGAAACCAAAGAAUGUGGACGUGGAAGGUUCAGAGAAGAGAAAGCCGAAGAAGAAGCAGAAGAAAGAUCCCAAUGCCCCUAAAAGAGCAAUAGCACCAUUCAUGUAUUUCUCAAAGGCUGAGCGAGCUAAUUUGAAGAACAUCAACCCUGAACUCAGCACCACUGAUAUUGCAAAGAAGCUUGGAGAGAAGUGGCAAAAGAUGUCAGCUGAGGAGAAGCAGCCAUACGUUGAGCAGUCCCAAGUGGAUAAGAAACGCUAUGCAGAGGAGUCUGCUGCCUACCGCGGCGCUGGUGCGGCUCCUGUAGACGUGGACUCUGCAGAUGGAUCGUCCGAUUGAAUUGGAAGAUUGGCCGAUGUCGAAAGGAGCAUACUUUCGAGUCAUGGUACAAGUAGGCAUCCGAUCUAUCUUGCUGUAGUGACUGUUGAGGUGUGAUCCCUACGUUUCUGAGUUAACAAACAACAGUUAGGAUAUGUAGGUUCCAAGGUGAUGUUUACUUUGCUAAGAGCUGUCAGCACAUGUGACAGGUGUUUUAUUCGCACCCUGCUUGUGCAACCUUUUUUCUGCAAAAUACUCAAAUCUUCACCGGAA